AUGAAUAUCGGAUCGUUUGAACAAUUUGCAAUUAUUCAAACUUCUUCAACUGAAAAGAAUAAACCAAUAGGAUUAACAACUAUUAUCGAAGAAUUAGAAGAGCUUGAGAUACCAUUUGAAGAACAAUUUAUAUUAAGAUUGUCACUUCCUGCAGAUAUAAAACAGAGAUUUAGAGCAAAGAUCAAAGAUAAAAAGAUUGAAAAUGUUGUUAAAAUCGUCUUUAAAGACCCGCGUCGUGCAAUCUUCACUUUUGAAAACAAAGAUUAUAAUGCACGUUUGGUAGAUUUACCUUGUAUAGUGGAAUCACAAAAGACAUUUAAUGGUGGACAAUUAUAUAAAAUAGCAGAUAUAUGUCAAAUGUUAAUCGUGGAAGGAGAAGAAUUUACUGAGAACACUGAAUCAUCCAAUAUAGAUGAAUUUGAAUGGCAAGAUGGUAUAACACCUCCGUUAAAAAAUGUUAGAAAAACAAGAUUUAGAAAGCGUAUUUCUAAUAAGAAAUUAGAAGAAAUAGAAAUGGCACUUCAACAAUUAUUGCACGAUGAUUCCUUAGCAGAAGAAGUAAAGCUUGAAUGGGUAGAUUUAGACGCUGUUAAUUCCGAAUCAACAACACCAGUUGAUGUUGAUGGAUCAAAGCAGCCAGAAGGAGAGGAUACAGGACAGCAGGAAGAUAUUGAUUCAAUUGACGAAUUUCUGUUGAAAGAAUUCGAACGUCAAAUUGAUAUGAUGGAAAAUUUAUCAUCGGAUAAUGAUGAAAGUAAUGAUGAAUCUGAUGAUGAAUCUGAUGAUGAAAAAGAACAAUUGGCUGAAUUAGAAUCACUAUUAAAAAAAAAGGAAACAGACUUGACUAAAUCAAAUAACCCUGUCAUGACGGAACGAAUUGUAAGCCAAAUUGCAGAUAUUAAAGAAGAAAUGGAAAAAAGAAAAAAGAAAUAG